UGUUCCGGGUCAGAAACUGGACGGGAGAGGAAAUAAACUCCAGGACGACGCGAAAAACAACCCGAGAAUGUUACCCUCGUCCGUUCUGGGAUGUAGCGUGCGUUUUCUGCGAUAAACAUCAAGUUUGACGGUGCGUGGCUCGAGUCGACACAAACAGGUGCCUUCAAACUAACCAAAGUGACACGACGGCGGAGAGUCGUUCCCAUGUUCGUCCCUGUCUAACGCUCCAGUUUCGGUCUUUCCUUACCUGUGAGUUUCGCUCCGUGCUUAUUUCCGAGUGAAUUUUUAGUUCUGCACCCUCCUGCAAUCUGUUGCAUCCCCUUCUCCUCCUCCCCGCUGUUUGUUUACCACACGGGCAGAUUCAUUCCCCCCGGGAUGUUUCACUGUAUUCCGCUGUGGCGGUGCAACCGUCAUGUUGAGAUGAUCGACAAACGCCACUGUUCACUUCUCUACGUGCCCGACGAGAUUUAUCGCUACGGCCGGAGUUUGGAGGAGCUGCUGCUGGACGCCAACCAACUCCGAGACUUGCCAAAGCCAUUUUUCCAGCUGUCUAAACUAAGAAAACUGGGGCUGAGUGACAAUGAAAUCCAGAGACUUCCUCCUGAAAUUGCCAAUUUUAUGGAGUUGGUGGAGCUUGAUGUCUCCCGAAAUGAUAUUAUGGAAAUUCCAGAGAGCAUUUCCUACUGCAAAGCCCUCCAAGUUGCAGACUUCAGUGGAAAUCCAUUAACACGGCUACCAGAAAGCUUUCCAGAGCUGCGGAACCUAACAUGCCUUUCUAUCAAUGAUAUUUCACUGCAAAAUCUACCAGAUAACAUCGGGAACCUCUCCAACUUGGUGUCGCUAGAACUCAGAGAAAACCUGCUGACAUUCUUACCAGAGUCAUUAUCCCUGCUGCAUCGACUUCAAGAGCUCGACUUAGGCAAUAAUGAACUUUACAGUUUGCCAGAGACAAUAGGGUGUCUGGUGAGUUUAAAGGACCUGUGGCUGGAUGGAAACCAUUUGGCUGAAAUUCCUGCGGAAAUGGGUACGAUGAAAAGUCUUCUGUGUCUGGAUGUGUCAGACAACAAACUGGAGAGACUUCCAGCUGAGCUCGGGGGCCUGGUGGCGCUGACGGAUCUGCUGGUGUCUCAGAACCUCAUCGAGGCUCUACCUGAAAGCAUUGGAAAAUUACGUAAAUUGUCCAUUUUGAAGGCUGAUCAGAACAGGCUCAGUUAUAUUCCAGAGAGCAUCGGCAACUGUGAAAGUCUCACAGAGCUGGUGCUCACAGAGAACCAAAUUCAGAGUUUGCCCAGAAGUAUUGGGAAAUUAAAGUAUCUUUCCAACUUCAACUGUGACCGAAACCUGCUCUCAUCAUUGCCCAAAGAGAUUGGUGGCUGCAGCGGCCUAAAUGUCUUCUGUGUGCGAGAGAACCGACUGACGAGAAUACCCUCGGAGUUGUCGCAAGCGACGGAGCUGCACGUCCUAGAUGUUUCGGGAAAUCGGCUCUCCCACCUUCCGAUGUCUCUGACCACACUGCGUCUUAAGGCUUUAUGGCUGUCUGAGAACCAGUCGCAGCCGCUUCUAACCUUCCAGACCGACCAGGACCCCAUCUCAGGAGAGAAGGUCCUGACCUGCGUGCUGCUUCCUCAACAGCCGUUAGAUCUGGACAGUAAAGCUGCUGACAACCUGGCACGCUGUGGAGCGCUGGAGAGCCUGGUCAAUGACAUGGUGGACGACACGUGGGACAACAAGGCCAUGAACAGGAUCAGUGCCAUUCACUUCCUAGAUGAUGACGAUGAGGAAGAUGAUGACAAGGGAACGCUUCUGCGACGCGCCACGCCUCACCCCGGCGAGCUGAAGACCAUGAAGAAAGCAGCGGAGAACCUCCGCAACGACAUGAACGCCGCCAAAGCCCUGGACUCCAACAAAAACGAGGUCAAUAAUGCUACAGACAGAGUGACUACGUCCGUGUGACCCUGCUCCUCUGAGAUUUUAUUUACCUCCCGUGUCUCUCCUACCGCACAACCCUGCUGCUCAUUUGUUUUGUUUUUUUUAAAUCCCGAAAACCCUCCCAGUGUGGCCUGCCACUUGUUUAAUUCCACCCUGGGACGCCUGUAACUGCACUCCUACUCCAGUCCUGCAUCAUUGAGCUCGGCCCUGGAGCCGCUGUGCCUUCCUGUUUGUGUGUCCGCAGCAAUAAUCUCAAUUUUAAAGACAUUUUAAUUGCCUCUUUUAAAUAUUAUACUUAGAUAGUUGCACUAUUAUGAUUAUUAUUAUGAUACUUUUUUCUAUAUUGUGGUCAAACCUUCUGUUUUGGAAACACUGGGUGGAUAUAUUUUUUACGUUCUUGGCCAAGAGGAACGGUUUUCAGACCUACUGAUUAUUGUAUAGUCUGUUGUGAAUAUUGGACACUUUUAUACUUUUUUGGCAGCUCUGAUGUAAAUAACGUGUAUAGCAGAUUUCUUAAUCACUUUCAGAUAAAAAUUAUAUAUAUAUAUAUUUUUUUUUCUUUGGUACUUUUUUUUUUCACAGUAAUGAACAAACAUGUCUGCUGAAAUAUCUCCAGGGUUCAUCUAUCCUUCAUCCCAAACAUUACUAGACUGAUGAGCGACCACUUAAUUCAGUUUCAGUAAAGACCCUCCUGAUUCUCCUCUACAUAAAUAAAUAAAGCUGUCUUAUUUAUCUUCGGUGCCCUUCGCUGUUUUGCAAUGAUUUUAAGAUGGUUGCCAAAACAGCUGUGUUUCUGGAGACUCUUCCUAUUUUCCUCUUUGACGCUAUCCUGUACAGAAUGUUUAUGUGAAGUUCGGAGAGUCUUUCAGAAAUGCAGUUUUAGGACUUUCACUUCAAAGCACUUCUCAGUGUUUCUUAAAUCUUUAAUAUGGUACGUAACAAGGUGUUUUGUUGUGUCUUUAAAUCGAUUGUAAGUCGGCAGAUCAGAGAAAUUGUCUGGUCCCGUUUUAUUGUUUUGAAUUCUUUACCAAUCAAACUGCACAAGAUGGAUUUCCAGGGGGCGCUGCGCCUGGAGGUCUGAGUUUUAACCACUGAUCAAUAAACUGGGUGCAAAACUAAGAGAUUUUGUUUUUAUUAAUUUCACCUGUCUGUAGAUUAAAAAAAAAUCAAAGUAAGAGCGAUUAAAAAUAUUUG